UACACAAAGUUCGCUAAUCCAUGACUUAAAUUCGAUGAUUAAGUUAUUGGUGUGAUGAUCAAAAAGAUUUCUUUGUUGUUUGCCAUCAUGCAUAAUGAAGUUCCAUCAGAAGCAAUUAACCUCGGCCUAAUCCGUCACUGUCGUAAAAGAUUCCUGUUCAUGUGUGUAGGUUAUUCAGCGCGCGUUGAACAGUGAGUGCCUGUCCAUAAACUCAUCCAUUCAGCGGAGCAUACAAAUGAAAGAAAAAAGCAAAAUACAUCUUUGUACGCGAGCAAAGGAAGCUAUUCUAUCGAUGUUAUUACACAUUAUUGCAGCAGCAGCUAAAGUUGAUGGUAAAAUCGGCGGUGUGUAUGUCACCUCAAAUGGUGUAAAUUUGUGCUAGUGAGACAAGCAGAGCGAAAAAAUUCUGCUAGAUUUUCGAAAAUAGUUAAUUUUAAUGUCUACACGUCGUCGAAUUGCGUCGUAUUAGUCGUAUAUGUGAUUGGUAUUUCGAUUGGAGAAUUUGCUGGACAAGAUGGAUCCUUCUAUAAUCGUGCUUGAUUCCUCCGACGAAGAGUCGGGAGAACCAAAGCGUCGCAAAAUGGCUCCUCAAACUCCGACUGGACUCAAUGGUGGUGCACAUGUUUUUAACAAGAGUCCCGAUCAAGCUAAAAUCCGGCGAAUCAAGCCGAUAACCAUUGCCACCAAUCUCAGCAAGGAAGCCGAAAACAACAACCGUACACCGGUCAACGAAAAUUUUGCCGUAAUAAGUUUCUCAGAUGAAUGGGAAAAGGAUCAUCUACGGUACCAGCAGAUAAUAAAAGAGCAUGAACAGCAGCAACGGAUGCAAAGCAAGAAAAAAUCUCCACUCUCGGCGCUGGCGGAAGAGGAAGCUAACGAUCGAAAAACCGCUACGCCUGGAAGUAGCAGUACUGCCGAUUCUCACUCCACCGGUCGGUCUUCCGAAAAGAAGGAGAAACGAAGUAGCAAUGUGGAAAAGAAUCCCAUUGGUAAAGAAUUUGCAGAUCUGUUGGAGGCCUGUCGGAAAGCUGAUUCGUCCAAGGAGAUGGAACUGCUGAUUCAAAAGAAGCUGAUAAAGUACUAUGAAUGCGUCCAUCCAGACUAUAUAAACUCGAAAAGUUUCAAAAAGACACUGUCUGCGGUCACGCAGGACGUUAACGCACAACCUGAGCUGGUAUAUCUGAAAUUGGCCAGCAUUGUGGAAGAACUGAAUAUUCGCCGGAAGUCCAGAAAUUCUGUGAUAACCAACGAGAACGUGACCACUACUGGGAGUGAGAAGAAGGACAAUCAGAUAAGAAGGUUGAACCGUGCCCUUUACAUUCUGAAGAAGCGAAUCGCCAAGUUGGAAGAGAUGGAAGUAGAUUUUGACGAAGGCAUAAAUUCUUCGUACAUGAUGGAGGAGCGUUACAAAAAGCGAGCGUUCGAAAUCUACGAAAAGAUCUGUGAUAUAACGGGAGAGAGCAAGCACGCCCAUAGGAUCACGCGGAAACCGAUCAAGUUCGAUGGGACGCACUAUCAAGAGUUCAAUCGGACCAUCCAGACGUUCGUCAAUAGGACAAACACCUUUCCGGACUUUUUCGAUGUUUUGAAAUGUCUUCAGCACUGUAACACCCAGUACGGAUACCGGAUGCGGCGAGAAGAGAUGACCAAGAUUGCCCAGGACGCGUUCAUCAAGAUUGGCAAGUUGCUGCAGAAACGGCGCAAAACGGAUCUGUACGAAAUGGUGUCCUACUACAGUGGAACGGACAAGGACCCGGCGGUGGUGGACAAGAAGCUGCACGAAAAACUCGAGGAGAAUAAGAAGCAUUACGGGAAAAUCGGAGACAUCAUUGACAAAUUCGCCAGGGUACAAGACAACGACACUGACGAAGAAGGGGAACCUAGCCAUAGUUCAAAGCCAUCAUCCAGUACCAAACCGGCGACGGUUGUCAGCAGUAGUAGUUGUAAGGACACACCGGAUGAAUCCAAAGAUAGCAACGUUCCUGCAUCAUCUUCCACGAUAAGUCUGUUCGAUACGUCCUCCGAAGACCCUCCAGUGGUCGAAAGAACUAGUUCUCCUGCGGAAGCCGCAGACAAAAAUGAUGAGACGAGUAGUUCGAGCAACAAAGUCAACGUCGAGGGAGAGGAGGUCCCUGCGGCUAAAACUGAUGAGCCGGUGGAGGACGAAGUUGAAGACGAUGACGAUGAAGAGGAAGACGAAGAGGACGAAAUGUUAAUCAAGGAAAACGUGAAGCCCGAUACCUUCGACGAUAUUGAUAUAUCGGAUGACGAGGAGCUGAUUGUGCCCACGUCUUAGCACAUAACGCUGGCCACCAGUUGUUAGGGAACGACGUGAGGGCUGUAAAUACGCGUCCGGAAUCUGGACAAACACAAGUCGCUUUAACGUGUAAGAUAUUUAUAAGAUCUAUUUUGUAUAGUUCUACAUUCUUUCAUUCGGACACUUUGGUUUACCAAAAGCUUUUAUGAUUUCAACUCGCGUUCUUUGCUCGAAACAUUAGCAUAUAACUAAAAUAUAAUAAUUUUGUUCGAUCUCGAAAAGUUCCAAAAGUAACAAUCAACAAAGGAUAAUUCUGUGUCAUCUGUAUGUGCUGUUGCAUUGUGUUUAAGUUGGUAAUAGUGACCGUUUCGAUCUAGCAAUACGUUUCUAAGAAAUCAUUGAGCCAAGCUAACCAAUCACCGGAAUAAACGGAUAAUUAAUGUAAAAAUCACAAGUCAUAAUUGUACAUAGUGAAGUCAAUAAACUGCUAAUAUUUUGCAUAA